AUGGUUGCCGAGCUACCAAGGUCGGGUGCGGUAGUGGCCUGGGGAUCCCGUUUUUCUGGCGGUGAUUGCGAACACGUACGGGAGCAACUGACCCAGGUGAAGACGAUCCACGCCAGCCAUCUAGCCUUCGCUGCGUUGAAGGAGGACGGCUCUGUUGUAGCUUGGGGGCACGGCCGCUUUGGAGGCGACUCCGCUGCUGUCCAAGAUCAGCUCCAGAACGUCGCAAGCAUCAAAGCCUGCCACAGCGCGUUUGCGGCGAUCCGCCACGAUGGUUCGGGUGUAGCCUGGGGUGACCUGCGCUAUGCUGGCGACUGCAGCGCCGUGCAGGAUCAGAUGGUCGAUUUGAAAGGGCUCCAGUCAACUCGCGGCGCUUUCGCGGGACUCCGGGACGUCGGCUCUGUCGUGACGUGGGGUAAUCCCAGCUGCGGUGGCGACAGCAGCAGCGUCCGGGCGCUGCUGACAGACGUGCGGCAGCUCCAAGGGAACCAGUUCGCCUUUGCUGCUCUGCGAGGUGAUGGAAGCGUAGUGACUUGGGGAGAUGUGUCGUUCGGAGGAGAUUGCAGUUCACAGGAGGAGCAGCUGCGAGAUGUGCGGGAGAUUCAGGCCAACGACCUGGCCUUUGCAGCAAUCCGUGCGGAUGGCUGCAUUGUAACUUGGGGCCAUCCGAAUGGUGGUGGUGGCCACGUCUUCCCACGGCCUCCGACUUUGGCAUAG